GAUCCACGAGUGUGCUAAACAUGGACUUGCCGCACAUUGGCUUUACAAGGAAACUGGAAAUCCUUUUUUAUCCAUAGACAGCAUGGAUGAACCUGAAAUAGAAGCAUCUUCCUAUUUCUCCCAGCACUGGCCAUUUUUAAGGAAGCAAAACUUGCUAGGAAAUGAAACAAAGACGAGCUCAAGAGGCAAAGAGUUAUGGUCCUGCUCAAUCUGCUGUGGAUGCCACUAACCAAAUGUUGAGAACCAAGAGGCUCAGCUCCAAAGUCAAUUAUGAUUGCUUGUUAAAAUUAUUUGACGAACCUGAAGCACCAGAGAAUCAGAAGAAUCCCAAGAAAGUAAGGUUUGAGCUACCCACCGAUGAUAAUGAUAAUUUUGAGUCAAAGUUAGAGGACAAAAUAAAAUAUGAUGAACCGGGAUCAGCUGACGAUUUUGAGGAUGGUGAUAUGAACGGAGAAUAUGAAAAUAAUUUGUAUCAAGAAAAUCUAUACGAGACUUAUGAAUAUGAUGAUGAUGGUUAUGGUUAUGAUGAUUACUGAAAUGUUGCUUGAAGCUCUUUCACUUUACUUUUCUGUCACCUUCUGGAAUCCAUAUUGAACAUGACUGACACCAGUGUUACAGGCUAGCAUUACUGAUGAGUUUUAGCUCCUGGGUCAAUUCUGAGUGAACUACACCACUGCUUUACUUCCUUUCCUUACAUCAAUCAACCCUCAUCCGCAUGUGACCUGAGAGCUUAGGAGUUAUUGUUGCUUCUCAUCAUGUAUUAUUUAUUUAUUUUUUUUUUUUAUAGAAGAUAUUUGAUUCAUUUCAUUUUUAUUUUUUUUUCUUACCCGCCGCAUUGAGCUGUGAGAGCUUAGGAGUUAUGCUGGCUUCUCAUCAUGUAUUCUUUUUCUUAUAGAAGAUAUUUAAUUCAUUUUCAUUUUUAUUUUCUUCUCUUACAAGUAAUUAUUGAGAAAAUUCUCCAAUUAAGGCUUUAAAAAUUAUUAUUGUCUAGUGAAACUUUGGUGUCGAAUUUCAUCUAUAGUUUCCUAAUAGAUUUUGGUUUCCCUUGUUUUUCCCCCAUUUGUAAGAUUUGGUCUUGUUUGUAGUGUUAAGGUUUAACUGCAUGCAAUUGCAGUCUUUGUCAUUACUUGUGAUUAUGGUGGAUGCAUGAGGUUGAGGGAAUAUAUCGUAAUGUGUAUAUUUUGGCACUUGAGAGCACGUAAU